AUGACCUUGAGGUAUGGUCCCGAGGAGAGAUUUUCCUUGUUGGCCUCGAAGUCACGUGACAGAGACGUUGGUAGCCUCAUUGGCUUUGGACAGAAGUUAUCUGUUGAGUAUGAAGAAGCCAGGGUGGCGUUCGAGGAGGCAAGCGAAGGGAUUGAUGAGGAGGUUGUAAGCGAAUGGACGGAAGCGGUAGUUGGAAGCGAUUGGAAAGAGAACGGUUUCUGCAAUUGUUGUUGCUGGGCGUUGUAUUUGGCAUUGAGCUUUGUGGAGCCUGUGGUUCUUCUGAUACCUGCGGUCUUUGGUCUCAAGGACGAAGGAGAUGGCAGGUAUGGCAAUGAAGGAGGUUUCGUCCACGACGCGUACAAAGGUUGGGUUGGCGAUCCCAGCGGAGGGGUGAUUGUCUUGACUGUUUCUCUGUGCUUUGCUAUUCUUGCUUCUGAUUGA